CCAGUAUAUAACUUCAGUCCCAGUCGUCCCGUUAGACCCUCCAAGGUUAGGUUAGUUUAAAAAAUUAGUAAAAAUAAUAAAACACAUUUAAAGAAAGUUGAUCAAAGUUGACUGAAUUUGUUUAAAUCUGCAGCAGUGUGUUUUUUACUUUUGUGGUAUGAUCACAGAACGAUAAAUGAUAACAAAAAACAAUAAUUUAAUCUAUUCAGUGAUAAUAAUAAUAAUAUAUCAUACCUAAUUGUAACUUAAUUGUUGAUAGUCCGUAUGCCGUUAACAAAAACUCAAAAGUUUAAAGUACCUACCUAAUAUAUCUUAUUAUGCAUUUAUUUUUUAAAUCUUAUUUAAACGUCUUUAAAGUUUGGACCAUUGUAAAAAUUAGCAUUUAAUAUACCUUUUAAAUACUAUUCUAUUAGUAUGACGUAUUAAAAUUUUCAAAACUGAAGAAAUAAUAAUUCAAAUUCAAAAGUUACAUUGAGUUUAACAAUUUAAGAUUGUCAAAUGAGUAGCAUGGAAUGUGUAAUUGCUGUCCACGCAGGUGCAGGAUACCAAAAAAGAACCAAAGAAGCAAACUAUAAAAAAAUAUGUAUGAAAGCUUGUAAAAAAGGAUUAGAAGUUCUAAAAAAUAAUGGAACAGCACUAGACGCAGUUGCAUUAGCCACUAUGGUUUUAGAAGAUUCUCCACUAACUAAUGCUGGUUAUGGAUCUAAUUUAACAUGGAAUGGUGCUGUGGAAUGUGAUGCAAGUAUUAUAGAUGGAUCAAAUAUGCAUUAUGGAGGUGUAGGUGCUGUUUCUGGUAUAAAAAAUCCAAUUUCUCUUGCCAAACUCAUUUGUGAAAAUCAGAAUUUAAAAAUGUCAUUUGGAAGAAUUCCUCCGUGCUUACUUGUUGGUCAUGGAGCUCAUGAAUAUGCAAUAGCAAACAAUAUUGUAACUGUUGACCCAUCUAAUUUAAUUUCAGAAAAAUCAAAAAAAGACUUUGUUCAUAAUAAAUAUAAAGUUAUAAAUCAAAAGUACAGUAAUUGUCAAACUGGAAAUUCUAGAUUAGAUACUGUAGGUUGUGUUGGUAUGGAUAAGUUUGGAAAUGUUGCUGCAUCAUCUUCUAGCGGUGGUAUUUUAUUAAAACAAAAUGGUCGAGUUGGACAAUCUGCUUUAUUGGGAUCCGGAUGUUGGGCACAAAUGUCUGAUGACAUUGCAAUAGCAGUAACAACAUCUGGUUGUGGUGAACAUCUGAUUAAAACAAACCUUGCUAAAGAAAUGUCAAGACAUCUUUUUAAUUCUCCUUGUCCAACGAUGGCAAUUACUAAAUGUUUUAAUGAAGAUUUUUUAUAUUCGCCUUUGUUAAGAAAUUAUAAUGAAAAACUUGCAGGUGCAUUAGUAUUAUUUAAAAAUAGAGACUGUUGUGAAAUUUUAAGUGCACACACUACAAAAUCAAUGUGUAUUGCUUAUGCUACUGAAAAUAAUAAAAAUAGUUAUGUAAGUCGUUUAAUGACAAAUACUUUACCGGGAACAAGUGUAAUGGUACAAGGAUAUCCUUUAUAAGAACUAUUAUGAAAAUUAGUUUAAAGUGUUAAAUAUUAUACUACUCUUUGUCAAAAUAAAAUUGUUUUAUUAUA